GCGCGAGAGUGACAUUCGUUUCGACGGAUCAGGUACGGAUAAAAUUUAGUGUUCACUAUUUUUACCAAAAAUGUCGAAUGAGGCGAAGAAAACUGAGAAAAAGCCGGGCAAAGGCCCCGACCCUCAGGAAAUUGUCGCUGGAUUUCAGACGUUGCGAGCCGAACAACGGAGUUUGUCAGCAAAACUCACUGAACUCCAACUGGAGGAGAGUGAGCACAGAGUGGUGAUCGAAACGCUGAAAAACGUCCACGAGGAUCGAAAAUGCUACCGAUCUGUGGGUGGUUUCUUGACUGAGCGCAAGGUGAAAGACGUUUUACCUGUCCUGAUCCACAACUCGGAAAAACUGAAAGAAAUUAUCGGAAAGAUAUCCUUACAAAUCGAGAAAAAGGGCAAGGAGAUCAAUGAGUAUCGGGAACAGUACAACAUUAAAUUUAGGGGGCUGGAUAAUCCCAAGGAGGACGCAAUUCCCACCCAGCAAGUUGGGGAGUCUUCCAGAGGAAAUGUGUUGGUGUUGUAGAAUCUCUGAUAAAGUUUCCAUUUAAUAUACCGUCGUCUCUAAAGCUCAUUUUCCAUUCAAAGCUAAUUGAAGUGUACUUAGUAGUAGGUAGGUAGGUAUAUGAAUUGAUGAUGACGCAGAUCUGUCAGAAACAUUCUAGAUUUUUUACUUUCACAGCAAUCAUUCAACAGAAAAUUCGCCGCAUUUAGCAUAAGAACUAGUUAGUCAUAAAAUAUAUAAAUAAACAACGCUGGAAGUGUAACCUAACCUA